AUGGCUUAUGCCUUCCUUGUGGUUAGUCCACCUGACAUGAGUCAAUGCUUUGAGGAGAUGGCUGCUGCUAAAUCUAAUAAAACUUCAUCCAAACCUGGAUUGAAUUAUCCUGGCCUGGAAGAACAGACCCUUCAAUGCAUAUCUGGCAUUCGAUUGUUCACUGAUGUCUGGGAACCCAUAGAAGAAGGCCUUGUCCCAUUGGAUAUGACUCAGCAUGUUUCCAUGAUUUCAAUUACACUGUCCCCCAGAGAGCUGGACAAGCACACUCCCGGGUACCAAGCUCCAGUGUAUGUUGAACAACCAAGGCAACAGCAGGUGCCACCACCACAUCGCCAACCACGCAGACCACCAGCACAAUUCCAGCAGCUGGAAUUCUUAUGCACGGGGUCGAGGAAGAGGCGUGGGCGUGGAAGGGGCUGGGGUAGAGGUGGCUACGGUGGCUAUGGUGGAUAUGGAAACAACCAAGGUGGCUAUCAUCAGGGUGGUGGGUAUUAUGACAAUCAAGGUGGAGAUAAUGGCUAUGAUAAUCAAGACAGAUAUAGUGGCUAUGAUAAUCAAAGUGGGUAUGGUGGUGGAUAUGGCUAUAACCAAGGCAGAUAUGGGAACUAUCAAGUUGAUCCAGAAAAUGGUGGAUAUAACCGAGACACAGGAAGUGGUAUGCGAGGAAGAGGCAAUUGGGGUUACCGAGGAGGGGUGAACCAAGCACAAAAACAUCAGCUCAUGCUCAUGUGGUAUUUUAAGCCCUGCCUCUAUAUGGACGCCGGCCUCGCUUCCGCGGUCACCGCGCUUCGGACCUGCACCGAUGUCGCGCACGUGCUCGAGCAGUUUCGCCUCGCCUGGUGCAGCAAGCUCGCCCGGGACGCCCGCACCGUCGUUCCGUUAAGGACCUCUGCUUCGACCUAUUCAUCAUUAGGGGUGGAAACAGAGCUUUCAAUGCAUGCUGGAGGUGCGCGAUGUGAUCGAUAUUAUCCAUGCUUGAUAAAUGAUGACAAUGGUGAUGGCUAUGAUAUAUGGUCAAUAUUGUAUUGAUCUUUUUCCGAGUUUUAGGUUGUCAUGUUGUUUGCUGGAAUGGAGAUAUUUCAUUGUUCACUUGGUUCAUGUGACAGAGUUAAUUACCUUAUUUACGUGCUUUCUUAGUACCUUUUUUCUGAGAUUUGAGUUGUAAGUAACACUUCCCUAAUCGCGUUAUCAUUAUAACUCAAUGACAUUAUUAAAA